CGCUUGGAUAGAGGAUGACUAUGAUCGCGACUCAUAUUUGGCCCAGCCCAUUACAGGAUUUGCUGAUUGUUCAAGUAAGUGUUACAAGGAAGCUUCCUAAUAUUUGCCGAUAUUCUAUCAAUUCGAAAGAACCGAGAUCACUGCUAUACUUCUGAAGUGCUUUAUCGUCCAGAUUGUCGAGGCAUCACAAGUGAUCAGUUCUUCAUUUGCUUGAUCAUCUCCCUUUCACAUCCAUCGAAUUACGUUACUGUACCUUCGUCAUCUCUCUAGAAUUUUUUUAUUUUUUAUUUUUCUGGUAAUUUAGGUUUUCUGUUUUAGAGUUUCCAUCGAUUAUUAUGCCAUGAAGAUAAUUCUGAUAGUUUGUCUCUCUGGUUGCUUCUUUCUUAUCUUCAGUGGAAAGAUCCGUAUGUUCUGAUAUGUUUUCUUAGGUUUUCAGCUGUUUUUUAUUGAAUGCAUUUUUAAUUCUCCAGGGCUGCCUUUUUUCUGAUUUGGAUUUGUGGUUAAGGUAGUAGUGUAGUAUCUGUCAAUGGGUAGAAAGAAGCCAACUGUCCGGGAAGAGGAGAACCCAGUUGCAUCUCAGGGUGGGACUAAAUCUAGGAAAAAGGGGCGUGUCGUUGAUGAUGAUGAAUACUCCAUUGGGGUCGACUUGUCUGAGGAUCAGCAGAGUGUGGGCCCUGAGGAAAAGAACAAUGAGGAUGUAGCCAUGCCAGCUGCUGGGAAGAAGAAGGGCAAGAAGGACAGCUCCAAGUCAGUGCAACUUAGAGAUGAAGAGCAAGACAAGCCGCUUGAAGACGAGGAAGAGGAUGUUCCAGCAAUUGCCUUCACGGGUAAGAAGAAAUCCAAAUCAAAGAAGGGUGGUUAUAAUCUGUUUAGUGCUGCUAAUUUUGAUGUAGUUGAAAAGGAGAAUGUUAAGGACAGAGGUGAACAUAAAAAGAAUGAGGAUAGUAAUAGAGAGGAUGGGGCAGCGUUUUCUUUCUCUGGGAAAAAGAAGUCUUCUAAAUCAUCAAAGAAGAAUGACAGUUUGUUGACUGAAUCUGCUUUUGAUGCUCUCGACGAAGGGGAUGGUAUUGUGAUUAAUGAACCUGACCAGAAGCCAGCUGAUGGAGAUGAAAUUGAGAAUGAUGAUACUCCUGUAAUUGCUUUCUCUGGUAAGAAGAAGUCUUCAAAAUCUUCGAAGAAGAGUGGUAGCUUGCCUACUUCCUCUGCUUUCGGUGACCUAUAUGAAGGGGAUGAUGCGAAGGAUGAUAAUAAAGAAGAGGACGAUGAUGCUCCUGUUAUUACAUUCUCUGGUAAGAAGUCUUCGAAAUUAUCUAAAAAAAGCAGUAGCCUGUUCGCCAGUGCACUUCUUGAUGAAGAGUAUAGCAAUGAUGUAUCUGCAUAUGAUCAGCAGCCGGCCACUAGGUCUGCUGAUGAAACUGAAAUAGAGAAUGAUGACAUCCCAACAAUUUCUUUAUCCGGUAAGAAGAAGUCUUCAAAAUCCAGUUUUGACAUGGGCCUCGGUGAUGAAGAACCUGAAGAAACUUCUGUGAGUAGCAGCAGUAAUGUGGAUGAUGGUAAGAAUGCCGCUGAAGCCAAAGCAAAUAAGCAGGGCAGUGAUGAUAUAAUGGAGUCAUAUAAGAACAAAAAGAAGAAGAAGAAAGGUGGAAGGACAGCCCAGGAGGAGGAUGACUUGGAUAAAAUUCUUGCUGAACUUGGUGAAGGCCCUGCCCUUCCCAAACCUACUGCUGCUCCUCCUGAGGAGAAGGUUGUUCCUCAUCUAGAAGGGGCAAAGGUUCACACUCAGCCAGAAGAAGUUGGCUCAGUUGAUUCCAAGGGCGAGGAAAAGGAAGCUGAAGAAGUAGGCGACUCUGCUGCUGCGAAGAAGAAGAAAAAGAAGAAGGAAAAGGAAAAAGAAAAGAAAGCAGCAGCUGCAGCAGCUGCUGUGGUGGAGGUAAAGGAAGAAAAACAGGAAGAAACAAAAACCAAAGUUUCUGACAAGAAGGUCCCAAAGCAUGUGAGAGAAAUGCAGGAGGCACUGGCAAGGCGUAAAGAAGCUGAAGAGAGGAAGAAGAGAGAAGUAGAAGAGAGGUUGAGGAAGGAAGAAGAGGAACGCCAUCGGCAGGAGGAACUUGAGAGGCAGGCUGAGGAGGCUAGGCGCAGGAAAAAGGAGAGAGAAAAAGAGAAGCUUCUGAAGAAAAAACAGGAGGGCAAGCUCUUGACGGGUAAGCAAAAGGAAGAAGCUCGUAGAUUGGAGGCAAUGAGGAACCAAUUUCUUGCUCAAGGUGGUGGUAUACUCUCCUCUGCAGACACUGCCAAUGGACCAACUAAACGGCCAAUAUAUCAGACAAAAAAGGCAAGGCCAUCUCAUGCACAAACUAAUGGUUUGGUUCAUGGGAAGGCUGUGGAAAAGGUGGAGGUUAAAGAAAGUCAAGAGACGGCUGCUAAAGUGGAAGAAGUGGAGAAGCAAAAAAUUGAAGAGAAAGUGGAAGCUUCGCAAGUAGUUGAAGAGAAUGGGGUAGAAGAGGAAGAUGAAAAUGAAGAUGAAGAUGAAGAUGAAUGGGAUGCAAAGAGCUGGGAUGAUGCUGCAUUGAAUUUACCUGUUAAGAGUCCAUUUGAUGAGGAGGAGUCCGAGCCUGAGACUCUGGUGAAAAAAGAGACUAAGUGUAUCACAUUAUCAACUUCUGGAGAUGUAGGAGCCUCUGAUGCAGAAACCAAAGCUACAGUUUCUACGAAAAAUGGUAUCCCUCCUUCACAUAUGAAAAAUCAGAAUCUUGAAAGUAAAGUGGACCAUCCUGAAGUUCAAGUUGCAGAUAAUAACGGACAAAAAGAAUCUGCAUUGACAAAAGAAGCACGGCAUGCAGAGGCUGUCUCUAACCGGAGCCCUGACAACCUCCGUUCUCCUAUAUGCUGUAUUAUGGGCCAUGUUGAUACUGGUAAGACCAAGCUUUUGGAUUGCAUCCGAGGCACUAAUGUUCAGCUGGGUGAGGCUGGAGGAAUUACGCAGCAAAUUGGCGCAACCUAUUUCCCAGCAGAAAACAUAAGAGAGAGAACCAAGGAACUAAAAGCUGAUGCAAUUCUCCGGGUCCCGGGUCUUCUGGUCAUUGAUACACCAGGGCAUGAGUCAUUCACGAAUUUACGGUCGCGGGGUUCAGGUUUAUGUGAUAUUGCAAUUUUAGUUGUUGACAUUAUGCAUGGCCUAGAACCUCAGACAAUUGAAUCCCUCAACCUUUUGAAAAUGAGGAACACAGAAUUCAUUGUUGCAUUGAAUAAGGUGGAUAGAUUAUAUGGGUGGAAGACAUGCCCUAACGCACCUAUUCAGAAAGCUUUGAAGCAACAGUCAAAUGAUGUGCAAAAUGAGUUCAAAAUGAGGCUAACACAGAUUGUCACACAGUUCAAGGAGCAGGGCAUGAAUACUGAGUUGUACUACAAAAACCGAGAAAUGGGGGAAACUUUCAGUAUUGUACCUACAAGUGCAAUCAGUGGGGAGGGAAUCCCAGAUCUUCUUUUGUUAUUGGUGCAAUGGACUUCAAAAACUAUGGUGGAAAAGCUAAUGUUUAGCAAUGAAGUGCAGUGCACAGUUUUAGAAGUUAAAGUCAUUGAAGGCCUGGGAACAACCAUUGAUGUUGUAUUGGUCAAUGGUGUACUUCAUGAAGGGGAUCAAAUAGUUGUUUGCGGCAUGCAGGGGCCUAUUGUGACCACAAUCCGUGCUUUAUUGACCCCCCAUCCAAUGAAGGAGAUCCGAGUUAAGGGACAAUACCUGCAACAUAAAGAGCUGAAGGCUGCGCAGGGUGUGAAGAUUGCAGCACAGGGCCUUGAACAUGCCAUUGCGGGCACUGGGUUGUAUGUGGUGGGGCCUGAUGAUGAUGUGGAAAAAAUUAAAGAAGCAGCAAUGCAAGACAUGAGGUCAGUCAUGAGCAGAAUUGACAAGAGUGGUGAGGGUGUUUGUGUGCAAGCCUCUACUCUUGGUUCAUUGGAAGCAUUGUUAGAGUUCUUGAAGAGCCCAGCAGUGAAUAUACCUGUCAGUGGCAUAAGCAUAGGUCCUGUGCACAAGAAGGAUGUCAUGAGGGCCAGUGUCAUGCUCGAGAAGAAGAAGGAAUAUGCCACCAUCUUGGCCUUUGAUGUCAAAGUGACACCUGAGGCUCGUGAGCUGGCAGAAGAGACUGGAGUCAAGAUAUUUAUUGCUGAUAUCAUUUAUCAUUUGUUUGACCAGUUCAAGCACUACAUUGAUAAUCUGAAGGAAGAAAAGAAGAAGGAAGCUGCAGAAGAAGCGGUAUUUCCAUGUGUUCUGCAGAUUUUUCCAAACUGCGUUUUCAAUAAAAAGGACCCUAUCGUUUUGGGGGUUGAUGUUGUUGAAGGCAUAGCUAAGGUUGGGACACCAAUAUGUAUUCCUUCGAGGGAUUUCAUUGAUAUCGGACGAAUUGCAUCCAUUGAAAUAAACCACAAACAGGUUGAUGUAGCCAAGAAAGGGUCAAAAGUAGCUAUAAAGAUUGGCAGCACCAAUCCUGAGGAGCAACAAAAGAUGUUUGGGAGACAUUUUGACGAGGAUGAUGAGCUUGUUAGCCACAUCACUAGGAGGUCCAUUGAUGUGCUAAAAUCUAAUUAUCGGGAUGAGCUGUCUAUCGAGGAGUGGAGACUGGUGGUGAAGCUAAAGAGUCUUUUUGGGAUACAAUGAAACUUUAGCAAUCAGUGUCUGUGCUCCUAGAAGAUACUGGAGUUCUGGAAUACCUUAGGUACCAGGGGAAGAGAGAAGGUUGUCAGAGCAGUAAAAUUUUAAGCAUAACCUGUGGUCACUGCAACUUGAAUGAGAUUAAAAGAAAAAAAAAAACCCAUGGUCCAACUUCGACGGUUAUGUGCCCUGCUACUGACUAUCAAAUGUUGUACCUCUAAAUUUUUCAGGGAAAAUGUUCUGUGCGGGAAUGUGGCCCCUGCGCCAAAAAAUGUGGGUGGAGAAUGACUGCCCCCAUGAAGUGUAAAACGAUGCCCCUAUUGAUGCUUUCUUGUGCACUCCCUGGCCCCAUGCAGGUGUAGGAGCUGCACACCCAGGCAGAGAGUACUUCCCCAAUUUCUUAAUUGCUGUGAGAGGUAUAGGCCAGAUGAUUUCUAUUCGGAACUACUGUCAGACUUGUAAAAAGGUUUGGAAUUCUUUCUUGAGUUUCGAAUAUGACUCUGCUGGUCCACUUAGGGUGCAAAUUUGGUCAGCUGAGCUCGAGUCUUAUCCUAGAAAAAUCAGGGCCUGGACUUUCUGGACCACAGACUAGAGUUGAUUUAAGAUUUUCAGGCCCAAGCUCAGGCUAAGUCUGAGUUGAGGCUUCAGUCUGAGCCUGCCUUGGCCAUGCAUAUACAGAAAUAAUAGAGAAGAAGAUUGCUACAUUGCUCUUGUACAGAUUCCUUUAUACUCUUCUCACAUAAUAAACAGUGGGGUUCACAUUGACA